AGGAAGCUGUCGAGCCGGAUACACAGGCGUGUAGCCGCGGUAGCUUCACAGUCAUGGCUGCAUCCAUUGAUAGUUUGCUGGAGGAAAUCUCCGGGGUCGAAGACCCGAUUGAAGAGCUGCAGGGUUUAAAAACAGCGCUGCUGUCGAUACCCGUGAGCGCGUUGAGGGACUCGGUGGGCGGACGGCGGCUCGGUGUGAUAUUCUCUCUGUUGAACUCCGAUCACAGGGAGCAGGUUCAACUGUGUGUGGACAUCCUUGAACGCAUCCUAAUGGCGCUCAGCCCCGAGCACCUCGUGCAGAACUACAGGGUGGAGCUGCAGGCAGGUCUGAACCAUCCCAACGAAAAUGUUAAGAUACUGGCCUUGACACAGAUUGGCAGAAUGGUGGAGCACCCCGAUGCUGUCACUGAGAUCCUCCACAACCCCGACAUUGUUCGAUCACUUAUCCACUACAUUGAAGAAGAGAAUAUAGCUGUGGCAAAACAGGCCAUUCAUUCCCUGUCUAAACUGAGCCACUCCAAGACUGGGUUAGACAAGUUGUUCCACAGCGACCUGCUGAGAGUCGUGAAGGAAGUGAUGGCCACGAGUGACGUUGUCAGAUACAGAAUAUACGAGCUGGUGGUGGAAAUAUCGUCGGUUUCUCCCAUCUCUCUCGGCUACUGCGCCAACAGCAGCCUCAUUUCUCAGCUCCUCUGUGAACUAACGGGAGACGACGUCCUGAUCAGGGCCACAGCCAUAGAGAUGGUGACCAGUCUCGCCCACAGUCAGCACGGCCGUCAGUAUUUGGCCAAGCAGGGCAUCAUGGACAAGAUCUCCAACAUGAUCAGAGGAGCAGACACGGACCCUCUCUCCUCCCUCUACCUGCCUGGUUUGGUCAAGUUCUUCGGGAACCUGGCCAUUGCGGACAGCCCGCAGCAGGUUUGUGAAACCUACCCGGUCUUCCAGAACAAGGUGUUCGAGAUGGCCCUGGACCCGGACCCGGCAAUGAUCGGGGUGGCUCUGGACACUUUGGGCUUACUCGGAACAACCGUGGAGGGGAAGCAGGUCCUGCAGAAAACGGGAGAAAAGUUCAAGGCCGUGUUGUUGAGGAUGAGUCAGCUCGCCGGUUCGGGAGCUACAGAGCUCCGAGUGCGCAGCCUGGAUGCCAUAUCACAACUUCUUACUCUAGAGCCAGAGCAGCAGACAGAAGAUCUUUUGGCCCUGACAGAGUCCUGGUUCCGCCUCUUGUCCAACCAGCCCAUUGACAUGGUCCGCAACAUCAGCACUCAGCCGUUCCCUGAGCUGCAUUGUGGGGCUCUGGGGAUAUUCACUGCCAUUGCCUGUCAGCCAUGGGGUCAGAAGUUGAUGAUCAGCAAUCCCGGAUUCAUGGAGUUCAUUUUGGACCGUACAAUGGGUCAAACCAAGGAGGCCAAAGAUGCCAAGUUUGAACUGGUGGGCUCACUCGUGUCUUCGUCAACGGCAGCAGCCAUACUGGGCAGCCAGUAUUACCUCCGUCUGAAAACGUACCUCAGGGAGGGACCUUACUACGUUUCAGCUGUGGCCUUGGUCAGCACUGAAGGAGCCGACUGAUUCCAACACACUCUCCAUGCACUUCAUGACUCUCUUGUCAAUGCUUAAGUAAUGGGUAAGUGCCUGGACAAUCUAAACAUGGGUUAACAUGUGAUAAACUCCUCUGAUAAUAACGGAAGUAGUUUUAGCAAAUCAGGAUGUGGUGUUUGCUCGUUCAGUUGAUUGAAACUUCCUCACUUUUUCCAGAAUUUUAUCCUUUGAAUGUUCAGUAGUAAAAAAAAAAAACUCAACUGCACCGAGAAAUAUUAUUCAUAAAGUAUAGUUUGCAGUAUUUUGGAGAUGUUUCGUGUUUUAGAAACAAAACCAAUUUUCACACAGCUUUUCUGAGAUGACUUUAACUUUAACCAUCCGAUCAUCGUCUUCAGUUGUUUUCCUUUCUUCUCCUUCAGAAGUGGGUUUGGUAUAGUUUUACGAAAUAUAUACUGUCCUCAUAGUAAUUCCAAGACAUGAAAACAAAUAUUUUUAAAUUUUCAAACACACAACGCAGCAAAUUGCGUUUUUGUGAAUAGAACAUUUUCCAGUGUGGAAUGUUUCAAAGUCAUAUUUGGUCACUGCCAAUUUGGAAUACCAUAUCCAGUGAGAGGUGAAAUAUAUCAGAAGAUAAAGUGCGCUCAAAUAGUUUUUCAUAAAUUGUAGAACAUUAAAGGGUUAUGCCAAUAUUUUGUACAUGAAGUUCAGUUUGUCUGUCAUAAGGACGACAACACCUGUAAUGUCAUCAGCGUAUUCUCGGUUUGUUAAGUUUGGAAGACUUGGACAAUUUGACGAUGGGGAGGUUAUGAAAGAUACUAUUGACUUACAUUUUGGGAAAUUAGCUGUCUGAGUGUUUUUGGAGCUCGACCCAUAUUUAGACUAGACUAAAAGUCAGGAUGUCUUAAAAUCUGACUAUUUUCUUAAGGGCAAACUUUAUGUGAAUGCAACACUUAACUGCUGGAGUGUCACUUUUAACGUGUCAACUUAAAAAGAUUGCAACACUCUUCAAACUUCCAUAAUGGACAAGUGGUUAACAUUAAACUUUGUGCCAUUGAUGGUCGCAGCAGAGAGAAGUGGUAUGUUAACAGGCGUUUAGUUUACAGUAAGUGUCUUUACCAGCUACUUGGGCAAUGAUCAAUGAGCCUUCACAAGAUGUCAUCCUUCAAUGUUCAUCAUCCAGGUUCUAAUGCACACAAAUCUACAUCCUUAUUCAAGGUAUCUUUCCAAAUAAAACUGGCCUCAGCUACAAACAUCGCUGAUCAAAGCCCUGCUCUGCAAAUUCUUCAGACACAUAUUUGUUUGUGUCAAAAAUAUUUUUGUUUACUAAAUGGAUUUUUUUAAAUUAAAGAAGAUUCAGUCUGA